UUGUAAAGCAUGUUGUAUUCUAAAUAAUAAUUGACUUGAACUGAUUUUAGAUUUAGAUGAUAACGUACUACGUACGUAAUCAAGACCAACUGGUAUUCAAGUAAAAUUAUACAUCCUAUAUUUUAACUCUGAAUGAGUUACAAAUAAACUAUGUGAGGGGAGUUACCUCCGAACUUCUCACUUUAACAGAGUAUCUAUAAUGGUGUCCAAGUAAAUAACGUAGAAUAAUAGAUAAACAAAAUAUAUUUCUAAUCAAGAAAAAUAAUAUAAAAACACGUAUUACAUAUACAAUAAUAUACAUUACACGGUAGCAUGAAUAAGAAGACGGACAAGAUGACAAAGAACACUCUUUUUUCAAAUAUUCAAACAUACUUCGUCUGCCGUACUAGUCAGUGUAGUCAUCGAUUGCAAACCUUGUCCUAACAAACUAGCAUAGAAAUAGAAAUUGAAGUGAAUAUCCAAAUAAACUAAAUAAAACUUUUGAACAGACUCAUCACAAGAAGAAUGCAAAAGAAACUUGGCGUGUUGCUCUUUUAAAUAAAUAUUGUUUUACGUAAAUACACAUUAACAAGAUGGAGGUAUGCGACAAUCAACAUAGAAACCGCUACGCGCUUAAUCUCUGUUCAAUCAGAUAACAAUGUCAAUAAUUUUAAGGUUCACUUACAUUUUAAUAGAGGAAAGAAUGAUACCAUAAUGCCAAAUAAGAAAAGAAAACUUUCAAGAAAGAAAAAGAAAUCAAAUUCAAGGAAAUGUGACAAUGGAGGCAUUGAAGGAAUAUUUCCCCCUUUCAAUAAGUUUGCUUACAAAUCAACGCGUGUAGGGGAUACAUUAAAUAAAAUAUCUUAUGAAAGCACGUAUCGUUCUACUGGUCUUUCGCCAAAAGAGAAAAGUUACGUAAUAUGCAAAUGUCAAAGUAGGUCCACACGAUACGUAAAACUCAAAAAUCUCGCUUCUAAUGCUAUAAGAUAUAAUAAAAUAUUUUCUGUAUACGGAAGUUGCAAUGCUAUACGCAAUGCCUUAUUAGAAAGAGGAUGGGUGGAAAAAAUUCCAUCAAAUCGAAUGAACCUAUCUAAAAUACGGAACGGAACCUGUUCAAACAAGUCCGAAAUUCAUAGUGAACUGGAAAGAUUGCUUUUAUCCAAUUUGGUUGAAAAAUGUAAUCCUAAUUUUAUAUGGCGAACCAAGGAUGAAAUUUAUGAUACUACUAUAGAUAUGACAAAAGACUAUAAUACAAUUGUCAAUAAAUUGAAUACUGAUGCAUUGUGGACGACCAAACAAGGUCUUUGUUCUUCCAUGAAGAGAAAUUAUUGGUUUUAUAUUGACAACAUAGCUGAAGUUAAUGGUCCCAGAACAUACAAUAGUUACGAUGGCGGGGAAAUUGAAGGAUUUAUCAAGGACUACAAAAUCACGGCGUGCACUAGUUUAUUAAAAUGGAUACUCUCAAUGGUUGCGAACGAGAGGCCAGUAUUUAUGAAAUCAGGCAAAGUUUCCAUGACUGUUGUCGUAUUCGCAUUGAAUAGAUGCAAAGAAUAUUUAUUUCGUAAGCAAAAUAAAGAUAUAGAUCAUACUUUACCUUCAGUUAGUAAAGGACAGUGGAAUGCAUUCCUAAAGAAAUAUUAUCAAAUAAUUGCUAAAGAUGAUGUUUUUCAAGCAGACACUGAAAAUAAGCUACCUCUUUAUUUAGGAUACGCAAAUUUUUUGCUCAAGGAAAUUCAUAGAUAUCGGCCACAACUAAGUUGUGAAGGUUGCCAUAAUAUCUGGAUCAUUAAGCCAGCAUACUGUUCAAGAGGUAGAGGUAUAAGAAUGGCUUCUAAAUUAGGAGUUAUUACAAACUUAUUGAAUAAAGCUAAUGCUAAACAUGUGAUCCAAAAAUACAUCGAAGAGCCUUUGUUGAUUUAUGACACAAAGUUUGAUAUCAGACAGUAUUAUCUUGUGACAAGCACCUAUCCUUUAACAAUAUGGAUGUACGCAAACUGCUAUUUGAAAUUUAGUUCCCAAAAGUAUAAUUUAAAUAAUUACCACGAAUCCAUACACUUAACAAAUAACGCAAUUCAAAAAAAAUAUAAAAAUUAUAUAGGAAGACAUCCUGAUCUUCCACAAAGUAAUAUGUGGGAUUUGGAAGAAUAUAAGGAUUAUUUGAAUAGAUGUGGUAAAAGUCAAGUAUGGGAUAAUAUCGUCUAUCCAGGUAUGAAGAAGUCAAUUAUUGGCAUAAUGCUCAGUUGCCAAGAUUCUUUAUCAAUCAGUAAGAAUCGUUUUGAAUUAUAUGGAUGUGAUUUCAUUCUCGAUAAAGAAUAUAAGCCCUGGUUAAUUGAAAUUAACUCCUGUCCGGAUCUAAAUAAUACAACUCAAGUUACAGCAAAAAUAUGUCCAGAUGUUGUUUCUGAUAUAGUAAAAGUAAUCAUUGAUUAUGCUGAAAACCCUAAUUCGUCCACUGGAAAAUUUGAGUGCAUCUACCGCCAAUCUAUGACUGUACCGAGAUAUGGUACUGCCGCUGAUAUAUUUGUGAGAGGUUAUAGACUGUCAUCAGAAUAUUUCUUUAAAGGCAAAAUAGAAAUUAAUGAAAUAUAUGAAGAUGCAAAUAUUGGAAAGGAACGAGAUAUUAAAGCCACACUUGAUAAAUUAAAGCGCCUCUAUGAAACAGAUAUAAUGAUGGAAUCUGAAGACGAUUACAAUUCCAUUAAGAAAUUACAACAAGAAACAUGCAGUCAUAAUACACAAUCUGAAAAUGAACUCUGUGUGGCUGCAACCGUUAUUACUGAGCAAUUAGAUAAACUUAUGGAUGGAAUCGAUUCUGAAAAUAGUAUCAGAUUAAAAUCAGGACGAAAUAAAGUUUUAUCGUCAGUUUUCUCUAAAACAUCCACAUGCCAUAUUCCAAUGCGAAGACUGUAACUAAUAAUAACUCCUUACUUCAAAAAUAUGGUAAUUCAUUUAGCUUCCGUUAAAUCUGUUAAUCUGAAGAAACCAUUUCGUUUUAGCAAACUGGAUAAAGGUCCAUCAGGAAAAGCCAGCUAUUAUGGAUUUAAUCCAAUCAAAAGAGUAAUUAAUAAUAUCUCUGACAUAACUGAUUUAAAUAAUACUACAGUUUCACCACCAAUUAAAAGUUGUAGUAAAACACCAAAUUCAGAAUGAGAUGUAGCACAAGCAACUUAAAAAAUUGUAUCUUUCAUUAAUAAAAAGGAAAGAGAAUAUUGCAGUGAAUUUCGAAUUACAAACAGAUAAUUUA